UCCAGUGUCUGGAUCGCGUCGCUGUACAGAGCGAGAGGAGCGCAGAGAGGAACCACGGAGCUCGCACACACUCGUUACACCACUGCGCGCGCACACAAACACACACACACACACACACACUGCACGGGAGAAUCUCUUUACACACGCGCGCCCGUGGAGACGUGCAGAAUGAAACGGAAGCAGCUCUGAGGUGCGGCUUUUACCGGAUGGAGAAUCUUGAUCGGUUUAAUUUGUACUAAACGGUGUAUCGCGGUACCGGAGCGGAAAUCGCACCUGGAGCUCGAGGAAACUUUACCUUCUGUCUCUUUAAUAAAUCUGUGAUAUAUAAAAGAUAUAUUUUUGAUGAUUUGGUGCUCGGCUCCGGUGUGGAUUAUGUGGAACUGAACCCGGAUUUAAUAACCGUGGAUUUUUUUUUUAUAAUUAAUUUUGCGCACAGAGGAUCCGAGUCUCAGGUGUGUGUGAGAGAGUGUGUGAACAUGGAGGUGUUACUAUGACCCCGGACUUCACCACUCUCACUGCCGCUGCAGGUCACACACUCUAACUUUUAUUUAUUCACCACGUUUUACUUUUUUUUGUUUUUUUUUGUUUUGUUUUGUUUUUGUUUUUUUUGAAGGGUUUCUGUUUGAGAGCCCGUGAGCUGAGAUUUAAUUUUUGGGAAAUUCAGCCAUGAACUUUAUGGUUUAUUGGGCUCAGUUAUUUCUGGCAGCGCUGCUGAACGCCUCGGCUCUGAAGGCGGCUUACAUACCAAAGGAGGAAAAAAGCAAGAAUGAAGUGGUGCCAUUUAUGGAGGUGUACAGUAAGAGCAGGUGUAAUCCGAGGGAGACGCUGGUGGACGUACAAAGCGAAUAUCCACACGACACACACAUCACCUACCUGCCGUCCUGCGUAGUGCUGCAGCGCUGUGGAGGCUGCUGUAAUGAUGAAGCACUCGAGUGUGUUCCUACACACACACACAACAUCACACUGGAGUUGUACAGAGUAAAACCAGGUGUAGGAGAACACAAACAUCUGCUAAGCUUCACAGAACACACAUACUGUGACUGCAGAGUAAAACCAGAAUUGAAAAGGAAAAAAGAAUACCGCUGUGAGCCCUGCUCAGAGAGGAAGAAGCACUGGUUUGUGCAGGAUCCUCUCACCUGCAGGUGUUCCUGCACACUGACUCAGUUACAGUGCAGGUCCAGAAAGCUUGAGUUAAACGAGCGAGUUUGCAGAUGUGAUAAACCAAGGAGGUGACGAUGAUGACGAUGACGCUGGUCUCAGACACGCACUGAAUGAAGGAAUAUUUAAUCUUGGCACUUUUUCAACAACCUGUGGACCACACACACACACACACACACACACACACACACCACGAGCAUAGAGAGAUGAUAAAAAUGAUGACGUGAUCUCCCAGCUGUACAUUUUGAUAAAUUAAUAUAUGAACACAUAAUUAUAUAUGGAGAGAGAGAGAGACAGAAAGCUAUAAAGAAGACAUGACAACGUGUAAUGCUGCUGCUAAGGAGACGAGCGGACGAGUCCAUCACACGCCAUGAGACAGACGGACAGAAAGCUGCUGUUUGACGGAUUUAUAUUUAAACACGACGGUGAUCGUCCGAGUAGGUGGGACUCUACUUGACUGAGACGCUCUCUGAUUGGACGACGGUACACCCUUUGAGGAUACGACUCCAUUAUUGUGUAAAUAGUAAAGGGAUACUCGCGUAGGUUUUUGUUAAAAUGUGAUUCCGGUUUUCACAGACAACAUUUCAUCAUCAUAAAUCAUUCAUUAAUAAUUAGUAAUAAUAAUAAUAAUUAAAAUAAUAAUGAUGGACUGUUAUAUUUUCCAAAGACAAAAGUGAAAACUGUUAGGAAGCACAUCAACGGUGUUUAUAACAGUCUCUUAUCCCUGUUUCUAGUCCACUACAUCUAAUUUAUAAAGUUAGCUUCAGUAUUCUGUGUAUUUAAUUUGAUUUAUUUAUAUUCAGUGUUACGUUUUUGUUGCUGUUGUGUUUUCAUUGCAUUGUGGUUUUAUUUCCGUCAGCGUCACCGCCAAUCUGCCUGAUUUUAUUUUCUUUUCCCAGAAGAAGAAAAGAAAGAAAGACUUCUCUGACAUUCCUGAAAACUACUUUAUAUCUGAAAGAGAGGACAAAUGUUAUUUCUUAAUAAAAUUGUUGAUGAAUCACGAGGAAUGUAAAAUGUGACGUGAGCCAAUUUUCAUCUGUCUCUAAUAUCAAGACAGUUUGCGACUUUUCCCAACAAAACCACAACAUUCUUCUAUUUGUGUUAAAACAGAUUUUUUUCAUGUCCAUUCUAUUUUCAUAAUAUAUUUAUUUGCGAGUUAAAGAUUUAAAUAUUAACACAUUUUUUGUUUUAGCUUAACAUUAAAUAUGUAUUUAUUUUUGAAAUUAUAUUGUUUUUUAAUAAACCAAAAAAUCGA